AACAACAUUUAUAAUUCGUAUCGUCGACGAAUGCGGAGAAGACCAGAUGUUUCACAGAUUCUCCGUCGUUAUUAUUGGAUAUCGUCAGUAGUAGCUGUGAUUUUUAUAAAUUUGAGCGUCAUUUCAAAAGUUGAUGCCCAAGCAACAAUACAAUCGCUGAACACACCGCCGACGAUAAAUGUCGAUCGUGAGUGGAUUGUGCAAGAGGACGAUCCAAUUGGCACAAUUGUUACGCGUGUGCGUGCCCAAGAUCAAGAACAAGAUGUGCUAACGUUCGGGCUGGAGCUGCCAGGACCCUAUGAGAAUGGAUAUGGGAUCGUGAAUCAAGUACCGUUUACCAUUGAGCCAUCAGGAAGUGUCAAAAUUAAUGAAUCGCUUGCGGGAAAGGGAGGUCAAAAAUUUUUCCUGUACGUCACAGUAGAUGACGGUCAAAUCUCUGCCAAAAAUCAAGUUUUAGUUGCAAUCAUGGGCAAAAAUGCAACUCGCAACUCAAACACCUAUCGCCAACCAACUUUCACACCAAAUACUGAUACAAUUAAGAAAUUGAUCCCCAAUGGAUUUUACACACAGCCCGGAGGCGUUCCUCGUCCCGCCAAUCCAAACAUUUUCAACAGACAUCAAACAAAAACGUAUCCCGAGCCUCUUCGACCAACAGCGAACAACGAAACGUCCCAAACAAGCGAAGCUCCGUCAUCUGCAUCGCCAAAUGAAGCAGAAAAAUCUCGCAAAGUGCCAACGUCGACAGUUACUCCGACACCUCCGACGCCAACUGCCCAAUUUCCGCCGCUCGUGUCUGUCAUUCUCACCGUUUGCGGAAUUUUCCUGAUUGCGGGCCUCAUUGCGUUGCUCAUGUUCCGCAAUUACCUUUGCACGAUCAGCAAACAACUGAAACACAAGAACAAAAUUGAAAAAGCCAAAAAAUCAAACCAAAGUCAAAUAAGCAAUAUUAGUAGUAACAUAACGGAAGACAGCAGAAAUUCCAUUUUGAUGCAUCAAUGGGCAGGUCCAACGGCGCCCGGCAAUCGUUAUUUCUCCGGAUGGGGCGAUAAUCAGCAUGCGCAAGUGACGUCACAGCUCUCGAACGGGACAAAUAUGUCGCAAGCGAGUGUCGAUAACAAAGAUCGAUGGGAAUUUCCGCGACACAAACUGAAAGUUUUUAAUAUUUUGGGCGAAGGUGCUUUCGGGCAGGUUUGGCGAUGCGAAGCACAAGAUAUCGACGGAAUUGAAGGCGUUACAACUGUUGCUGUGAAAACGUUGAAAGAUAAUGCGAAUGAAUCGGAACGAAAUGAUCUGUUAUCCGAGCUGGCAGUCAUGAAAACUCUCGAUCCGCAUGUGAAUGUGGUUCGAUUAUUGGGUUGUUGCACAGAAAAGGAGCCAAUUUUCGUUAUCUUGGAAUAUGUGACGCAAGGAAAGUUGCAAACUUAUUUGAGAAAUUCUCGAACAGAAAAACAUUACGGAAACUAUAACAACACCAAUGGCAAGUCAAAAACUUUGACGUCAGGUGAUUUAACGUCGUUCAUGUAUCAAGUUGCUCGAGGCAUGGAUUACUUAACGUCACGAGGGAUAAUUCAUCGUGACUUGGCUGCCCGUAAUAUCCUCAUAACUGACGAUCAAACGUGCAAAGUUGCUGAUUUCGGGUUUGCACGUGACAUUAUCACAUCCAAAGUUUACGAACGUAAAAGCGAAGGAAGACUGCCUAUUCGAUGGAUGGCCAUUGAAUCUCUUUACGACAACAUUUUUUCCGUCAAAUCUGACAUUUGGAGUUUUGGCGUACUCAUGUGGGAAAUUUGUACGUUAGGCUCAACGCCGUAUCCAGGCAUAUCGGCAUCCGAUGUGAUGCGUAAAGUUCGCGACGGGCACAGAUUGGAGAAACCUGAGCAUUGUCGACGCGAACUUUAUAACAUAAUGUAUUAUUGUUGGGCAAAAGAUCCCAAUGAAAGACCUACUUUCGGCGAAUUAGUCACGAUGUUGGAUAAAUUGCUGCUUACCGAAAUGGAUUAUAUUGAAUUAGAACAAUUCCCGGAACAUAAUUACUACAAUAUGUUGAAUCAAAGCGGAGAAAAGUUGUAAAUAAAUAUGCGAAAAUUGUUACUAACGUUUUUUGUUAGUCGCUUUAAAUAAUAAAAUUAAAUAAUUUAUCUCAUUAUA